GGUCGCACACAUGCGCAGCUUGCUCCGUGUGAGCGUCGGCCUGUCCAUGCCACCGGUGCUUCAGACAAUAACGGGUUGCGCCAUCGUCGGCGGCUGCUCUUUGUUUGAAUAAAAGUCGCCGGCUCUCGCUCCUCGCUGCAAGCGGACUCGCAUACGGGGCGCCGAAUCACCAGGGGGAGAGGUGCAGUUAUGUCGGGCGAUCAGAUCACGACGCUGUGCGAACAGUUGAUGAAGGCGGUAAACGUGAUCAUGGACGGAGGCUCGAGUUCGCGCUACCGGCUGGAGGCCUUGAAGUUUUGUGAAGAGUUCAAGGAGAAAUGUCCGCACACGGUACAGUGUGGACUACGUCUUGCUGAGAAAAACAAUACUGGGAUAGUCCGCCACUUUGGACUUCAGAUUCUGGAACAUUCUAUUAAAUUUCGAUGGAACGGCAUGGUACAUCGUGAUAAGGUGCAGCUGAAAAACAGUGUGAUGACUCUUCUUUCACGUGGUACUCAUAACAUCAUGGUGGAAGAGGCUUACAUCAAAGAUGCCCUUUCCCGGAUUGUGGUAGAAAUGAUCAAGCGAGAGUGGCCACAGCAAUGGCCAGACAUGUUAAAUGAGAUGGAUAAAUUAACUGCUAUGGGAGAAACUCAAACAGAACUGGUAAUGUUGAUUCUACUGCGCCUGGUGGAAGAUGUGGUAACUUUUCAGACUAUACCCGCUCAGAGGCGCAAGGACAUUCAGCACGCACUGACUCAAAAUAUGAUGCAGCUCUUCAGUUUUCUUUUGGAUAUCUUGCAGGAACACACUCAGAAUUACAAACAACUGAAAGCAGAUACUACUCAAGAAAAUAAGGCUAAGGCACACUGUCGUGUUGCAAUAGCAACUCUUAGUACCCUGGCUGGAUAUGUCGACUGGGUUGCUUUGCACCACAUCACAGCUGAUAGCUGCAAGCUACUUGAAGUGCUGUGUAUGUUAUUAACGGAACCAGAAUUGCAACUAGAGGCUGCAGAGUGUCUGCUUAUUGCCAUAAGCAGAAAGGGAAAGCUAGAAGAUCGGAAACCUCUCCUCGUCCUUUUCAGUGAUGCUGCCAUGCACUGUAUUUUAUCAGCUGCACAGACAGCUCAUGGAGCAGGGCUUGUGGAACAACACUACAUGUUUCUUAAAAGACUUUGUCAAGUACUUACCGCCUUGGGAGGACAGCUGACUGCACUGUGGGGUAGUGAUAAAGAUGUCUGCCAACCUCCUAAUUUCAACAAAUAUUUACAAGCAUUCUUGGCAUUCACUAAUCACCCCAGUCAGUAUUUAAGAUCUUCAACCCAGAUAGCUUGGUGCUCAUUUUUAAGAUAUGAGCACGUCUCCAAGGAUCCUGUUUUGCUGGACGUUAUCCCACAAUUGUUACAUGCAACAAUGGCAAACCUUCUGAAGGUUGGUUUUCCUUCCAAGAGUGACAGCCCAAGCUGUGAAUAUUCCCGUGUAGAUUUUGACAACGAUGAGGAUUUCAAUGCAUUUUUCAAUUCAUUCAGAGCUCAACAAGGAGAAACCAUCCGGCUCUCUUGCCGUCUUUCACCAAUGACUGGAUUCAACAUGGCUUCAGAGGCACUACAAUAUCAGCUUACUGCAAUCAUUGAUGUUGGUCCAACCAUGUCUAAGACUGGCAAAGGACUUUGUUCUAUAUUUUCGCCAUCUUUUGUGCAAUGGGAUGCCUUGACCUUCUUCAUGGAGAGCGUGAUGAGCCAGCUUUUCCGAACAAUGGAACCUGAGCACCUUCCAGUUGCAGAUGGGAUUGAACUUCUGAAAGCUGUUUUAAGUUAUCAAACCCAUGAUCCCCUCAUCCUGUCUUGCAUCCUGACAGCUGUGUCCACACUUUCUCCCUUCCUUCUCCACAAUGCCACAGUUCUGCCACAAGUUCUUGAAAAGCUCUUUGCAUCUGCAACGUUUGAAGUGGUUGAGGAAAGCCAGGCGCCAAGGACUAGAGCGGUAAAAAAUGUUCGCCGCCACGCUUGUUCAUCUAUACUCAAGAUGUGCAGAGAUCACCCAGAGCUGAUUAUGCCAGUCUUUGAAAUGUUCUAUGCCCAUGUCAAACGUCUGCAACAAGAUGAAAGGCAACUGACACAGUUGGAGAAAUGUGCUUUAAUGGAAUCUCUUGUUCUCCUGAGCAAUCAGUUCAAGGAUUAUGCAAGACAGAAAGCUUUCCUGGAGGAGCUUAUGGCACCUGUCACCAACCUUUGGUUGUCUGCGGAGAUGCACAGUGUGCUGUCCGAUCCAGCAAUGUUUCUUUCAUACAUUGGCGCAGAUGUCACUCCAGACGAUCCAAUUCGAGAAGAUCCAGCAGGCAUCAAUCGAUCUAGGAUCAGCUUGUGUGUGUACACCAUACUUGGAGUUGUGAAGCGGGCUCGCUGGCCUAGUGACCUGGAGGAGGCAAAGGCCGGAGGGUUCGUGGUUGGAUUCACACCCAGCGGGGCUCCGAUCUACCGCAACGCCUGCACUGAGCAUGUCAUCAAACUUCUUGACAACCUGCUCGCCCUGAUAAGGACCCACAACAACCUUUGGCUGCCAGAAAUGAUGGCCCAGCUCAGCCCACACUUCAUGAAAGCCCAUGACAUGCUGGAAGUGGAAAAAAAUGCUAUCCUUGGUAUUCCACAGCCUUUGCUAGAUCAUGCUGAUGCUCCAGUCUACAAAUCUGUGCUGGAACGAAUGCAGGGAUUCUUCUGUACCCUGUAUGACAACUGUUUUCAUAUCCUCGGGAAUGCUGGACCAAGCAUGCUUCAAGACUUUUUCGCCAUAAGUAAUUUUGCGGAAUCUGUCAUAAAUUCUGCUUUCGUGAAUCUGGAGAAUAUUCCUGACUAUAGACUCCGUCCAGUGCUCCGUGUCUUUGUGAAGCCUUUGGUCCAGUCCUGUCCACCCGAACAUUAUGAAACGGUGCUGUGCCCAAUUCUUGGACCCCUAUUCUCCUAUUUACUGCAGAGACUGAGUGGCAAAUGGGUUGUCAUCAACCAGAGAGGCCUUUUGGAGGCUGAAAGUGGUGGUCCUGAGGAGAAUCCAGAAUCCCAAGAAAUGUUGGAUGAGCAACUAACACGCCUUCUCACCCGUGAAUCCAUUGAUCUAAUGACUGUGUGUUGUUGUGUUAAGAAGGGCCCAGAAACUAUGCCAGGGGAUAUGGAUGAUGAUGAAAUGAUGAACACAAAUGAUGGUCCACAUGUUGGGUCUGAAGAACUUACUGACCUAGGAAAGUGCCUGCUCAAGUCUGAGGAAAUUUGUAAAGCAUUGUUGGCAACUGCUUACAGUGCUGUGAUUUGGAAUGACACCAUAACGUGCCAACGAGCAACUCUACAACUCUGCUGGCCAUUGAUCAAGCAGGUAUUGUCUGCAACUCUACAUUCUGAUGCAACCAGUUGGUUUUUCAUGAGUGUACUUCGAGGGUUGCAGAUGCAUGGGCAACAUGAAGGUUGCCUUGCAGCAUUGGUCAAUCUUGCUUUCAUGAUAUAUGAGGCACUGAGACCACGUUAUCCUGAAUUGAAAACAGUAAUGCAGCAAGUUCCUCAAAUCUCUGGUGAUGCUUUGGAUCAAUUUGAUUCAAAACUUCUGAACCCAUCAUCUCAUAAAAUGGGCGAUAAAAGGAGAAAGGAUCUCUUCAAGAAACUCUUGUCUGGCUGCAUUGGGAAACCACUUGGACAGAAGUUCAAAAAAGAAGUGCAUAUCAAAAACUUGCCCACUCUUUUCAAGAAACCAAAACCACAGCCUACUACACCAAUAGAAGAAACGAAUGAAGAUAAUAUUCUUGCUCCACUCUUUGAUCCAAGAGCUCAGGACAUAUAAAGAGUACUUGAACUCUAUUACUUCCACUCUUGCUUAUUGGGGGAAAAAAUGGACCUUUUUAUGUUGAUUUUAACUUGUAGUCUGUCUUUAGUUGUAAGGUGUUAUCAACAUUAGCAUAGUGGAAAUUAGCAUCAAAUGGCAACUUUAAGAUGACUGCUCAACUGAAAAAUACUUUCAUGAAGCCAACUAUAACAAUUUGGUAGCCAGAUAUUUCUGCUAAUUACUUAGUUGAUUGCUGAUGGUGAAAGUUAAGCCCCCACAAAAAUACAUUUCCACCAUUCAUUCUGAAUAACCAACCCAAAUAAACUUUGUAAUGCAUUCUGUGGUGGAAAGAACUAUAAACUGAUUGUGGUAUAUUGUUAUGAAAUGCCUUAACCUUUUCAAAAAUUGAAUUCGUAGAUUGGGUUUGCAGCAAUCUGUUUUCCAAGUGUUGUAUCCUGACAAUGUCUGUGCUCGCUGUAUUUAAAAACAAAAUCAGAAGAAUACAUUGAAGUUUUGUUAAAAUAUUUUGUAUGCCAUUGUUUAAUAUUAAACGUGUCUGUCCAGUUUUGUGUAUGAAAGUUUAUCUUUAAUGCAUGUCAAGAGAACCAGACCCAUGUUAUUGCAGAAGAUUGAUUUUUUUUUUAAUCGAGUCUAAUGAAUUCAGAAGCAGAAAAUAAUGGGAACCAGUAACUUAAUUUUGAAAUGUUUCUUAGCUUUUGUUUCGCAUUAUCACCUCACACUUUCAUGUGUUUUAAAUGUAGAUUUUGAAGACAAACUUAAAAUUAACAUUAAAGCAAUGGUUGUUUUUGUUCCAAGAAUUCUUGUAAAAGUCUUUUAUGGUGGCUGCAAUGGAGACCAAGUCUUCACGAUUUUUCUUUAUUAAUGUCCCCAGCUGUGUAGUACCUAUCAUCUGAACUCGCUUGGCUAGUUAUUGAUUAAAACCGUGUCCAUAUUCAGUUUAAUGAACGUAUUAUCUUUUCUCCAUUUUGGCAUACUAUAAUUAAAUGAAAAACUGUUCACUUUUGGAAGUACAAAUGGUGCUAAUUCCCAUUACUGCAAUGACUAUUAUGAUAUGUAUAUUGAAAAAGUUAAUCCAAAUGGAAACUAAUAUCAUCAUUUUAACAGAAAGCAUCAGCAUUUGGUUACUUUUCCCUACAGGCCAACCUGCCUUCCCAUGUUUUAAAUGGAACUGCCAACUUUAAAAGAGCAUUAAGUAUUAAACUGAAACCUGUUCAUGUCUGCAACAUGGCAUGUUGAGUUGCUUCGCUUUUUAUUUAUACCUCACGGGCAAUUGUGUUGCAUGUUUCCUAAGGGUAAUUUUAAAUCUCUGAUCUGGCUUUAAACCUAAUUGACAACCUACAAUGCUCCUUUUGAGUCGAGCACCAUGAAAUGCUACAAAACUUUGAGUUUUAAUGAUAUUUUUCAAGUUCAAAUACAGGAAUGAUAAUGAACCAGAAGAAAAUACUGUCAUUUUUGCGUUAAUUUUUAUUUCAAUAAAAUGAAUCAUAGACAA